GUACCCUCCCGAAUGCUUCUGUACUUCUCGGCGGCCACCCCCUGGCCACCGCUGCUGGGCCCACAUGCUAGACAAUGGCUCUGAGUCCCCUGUGGCCCUCACACCCAAGGCCCUCCUGGUCAUCUCCAUCCCACCGGGCCCCAACCACGGGCCCCACCAGCGUCAGCGCUUCCGCCAGCCUCAGUGGCAGCUCCUGGACCCCAACGCCACAGCCACCCACUGGAGCGAGGCAGCCACGGAGCCCUGUGUGGACGGCUGGGCCUACGACCACAGCACGUUCAGCUCUACCAUCAUAGCCGAGGUGAGGUUAGGGCGGAAGUUGAGGCGGAGCUGGUGCUGCCUGCAGGUGGCUGAGGACACUAGUGCCAUCUUUGCCCCAGGUUUCCUUCUCUAUUGUGGCCUCCGAUUCUUCAGCGCUUUUGGAUUGGCCAGAAUCUUCCUGACCCCAGGACACUCAGCGAUGGUAGAGUGGACCACGACCCACAGGCGGGCUGUCACAGUGACGAUGCUGGGGUGCAGCUACAGCGCAGGCCACGUGGCCCUGGGUGGUCUGGCCUUUGCCCUGCGGGACUGGAGAGCCCUCCAUCUGGUCACAUCAGCACCCUUCUCUGCCAUCUUCCGGAUACCCUGGCGGCUGCCAGAAUCCACAUGAAGGCUAAUGAGUCCUGGCAAUCCGGACCGAGCCCUUCAGGAACUCAGAAACGUGGCCAGGAUAAAUGGCGUCAGGGAUGCCAAGAAGACACUGACCACAGAGGUGCUGAUGUGCGCCAUGGAGGAGGCGGUGGCCUCUGCAAGGGCCUUCCAGUCGCCGCUGGACCGGUUCCGCGUGCCCACACUCUGUAGGAGAAGCUGCUGUCUGUUAUCGGUGAGCUUCUCCCUCGUGAUCGCCUUCCCCGGGCUGGUCCACAACCUGCAGAACCUGGGAGACGCCGUCUUCCUCCUCCGGUCUCUCGGCGCCGUGGACUUGCCGGGCCGGGCCGCCAACAACUUCUCGCUCAAGUUCUUCGGCCGCCGCGUGACCCCGGCCAGCUCCAGGCCGCAGCGGGCCUCUCGUCCUGGCCCACGUGCUGGGCCCACAAGGCGAGGCCAGGGUGGCGAGCGGGAGCAGCCAGGGCGCCGCUUGACCGCCGGGGCCCAGCUUCCCUGCCCACGGCUUGGCUCUGCACGGACCCACCCGGGCCCUCCUUCCCCUCCCCCAUCCUCAAGGCUGGGCGGGCCCACUGUCCCAGCUCUGCCCGAGACUGUCACCAUUACAACCUUUGCCAUAUCAUCUCGGGAAUCCAAUCCCCAAGUAGCUGCUCCCUGUCUACCGGAGGAAGCUGAGGUUCAGAGUGGUGACGUCCACGUGCCCAAGAUCCCCUCCGCCUGCAGGUGUCCCAGCCAGGGGCUCGAGCCUGCCGGGGGGGCGGGCGGAGAAGGACCGGGGAGGCUGAGACAGGCGUUGGGUUUGCUGCAACAGGAGGCGGGAAAGGUGCCUGGAGGCCAGGCACCCAGCCGGAGCCUGUGGGCAGUCCCGGGGAAGGGCUGUUUCCGUGUGCGCCCAACCCGCUACCCUGUCUGCGAGGCUGAGCUCUUCCCAACCUCGCUGCGGAUGACAGCAGAUGGCUUCUUGCAAUUAGUAGGUCAGCCCGGGGCUAUGUGGGGCCCCCUGCUGGGUGUGCCCCCCCCACCAGGCCCGGCCCCUGCUGCCUGCCCUCUCCUAUAGUGCUCUCCCCAUCUUUCCAGUCUCGUCCUGCUCUUCCUUCCAGAGACUCAGGGAAUUCCGCUCCCUGCCACUACCCAGGACCUGGAGGAACAGCGAGGGACUCCCUCUCACACAGGGGUUCCGGGAGCCCAGAGGCACGAGCAAACUGAGCUGGCUGUGGCUGCCGCCUCCUCCGGGCGUCCGCCUGGAUUCAGCCCGCCCCGCAGGCCACCCAGGGACUGUCUGAGUCAUGGACAGCACAUCCUCCUGCUGGCCUUCCUCCUGCCUGGCCUGGCACCAGAGGCAGCUGCUGUCACCACAGGACCUCCCACCCUGCACCUGGACCGGGACCACUCGGUGACACCCCGGCUCUGCAGUGCAGCAGCCUCCCUUUCUGCGGGGUCCUCACCCCACGUCCUCGCUGCCCUCUCAUCUGCCAUCCCAGCCCUCCCCCUGCACCUGCACAGCCCAGCCGCCACACCUGUCUCCACCACCGUCACCAGGCCGAGCCCAACUCCCUGUCCACGCUUGACGCCCACGGGCACAGCCACCGUGCACCCGGCGGCCGGGGCAGAGCCGCAGGGCUGGGCAGCCUGCAUCCCCAUCUCGGCUGGGAGGGGAGCCGCCCACUGGUCGGCCGCAGCCAUCCGGAACGCUCCACGAUCAAGAAAUACACUUCUGCGGUGCUGGAAGCACGACUCCUUUGGGGUUCGCGUGGGGCAGCAGCCGGCAUCACCCUGGUGA